UUUUUUUUUUUUUUUUUUUUUUUUAAUCCCCGCACCAAGCGCUUAACCUCAUUGGGGUGGAGGAGAAGGCGGCGGCUGUCCGGUCCGCAGCCCCAACAGUUGUGAAUAAUAGAGCUAAUGGACUGCUGAACGAUGAAGGAUUUCAGACCGAGUCGUGGGUCAUCACUCCGCCGCUCUCGCCUUUAUCGCCUACUAGUUAUUUAAAUUGGACUUUUAAUAUCCGACCAGCUGCUCUUCAGACACACAUGGUGCAUUGCUGCCAUUCCCCGGAUUGCAUCUUUGAAACACACGCUCUUAGUAGCCUUCAGCGAACAAAGAGGCCACCUCCCGGUACAGCUACCGGGAGGGAGUCAUCCUGACCGCCCCCUAGCCUUGGCCGGAUCUGGAUUUGAAUCCUACCAUGGAACCUCGAAUGGAGUCCUGUCUGGCCCAGGUGCUGCAGAAGGAUGUGGGGAAACGGCUGCAGGUUGGCCAGGAACUCAUAGACUAUUUCUCAGACAAGCAGAAGUCUGCUGACCUUGAGCAUGACCAGACCAUGUUAGAUAAGCUUGUGGACGGACUCGCUACCUCUUGGGUGAACUCUAGCAAUUACAAGGUGGUUCUACUGGGCAUGGACAUCCUGUCUGCACUGGUGACAAGGCUGCAGGACCGGUUCAAGGCGCAAAUUGGCACAGUGUUGCCAAGUCUAAUAGACAGACUGGGUGAUGCUAAGGACUCUGUGAGGGAGCAAGACCAAGCCCUGCUGCUAAAGAUCAUGGACCAAGCUGCUAACCCCCAGUACGUGUGGGACAGGAUGCUCGGAGGUUUCAAACACAAGAACUUCCGCACGAGAGAGGGCAUCUGCCUCUGCCUUAUUGCAACACUCAAUGCCUCUGGGGCACAGACUCUAACACUAAGCAAGAUUGUGCCACAUAUAUGUAACUUACUGGGAGACCCCAACAGCCAGGUUAGAGAUGCAGCAAUAAACAGUCUGGUGGAGAUUUACAGACAUGUAGGCGAACGUGUGCGGGCAGACCUCAGUAAGAAAGGGUUGCCACAGUCCCGGUUGAAUGUCAUUUUUACAAAAUUUGAUGAAGUCCAAAAGUCUGGAACUAUGAUACAGUCUGCAAAUGAUAAAAAUUUUGAUGAUGAGGAUUCUGUGGAUGGAAACAGGCCUUCUUCUGCCAGCUCCUCCUCAUCCAAGGCUCCAUCUAGUUCCCGAAGGAAUGUUAGCAUGGGGACCCGUCGGCUCGUGUCGUCCAGUCUUGGAUCUAAGUCUUCAGCUGCAAAAGAAGGUGCUGGCGCUGUGGAUGAAGAGGACUUCAUUAAAGCCUUUGAUGAUGUGCCCGUAGUGCAGAUUUACUCCAGCCGAGACCUCGAGGAAUCGAUAAACAAAAUCAGAGAAAUUCUGUCUGAUGACAAGCAUGACUGGGAGCAGAGGGUCAAUGCUCUAAAAAAGAUGAGGUCGUUACUCUUGGCUGGGGCUGCCGAGUACGAUAACUUCUUUCAACACUUGCGUCUUCUGGAUGGAGCCUUCAAACUCUCUGCUAAGGACCUGCGGUCUCAGGUAGUGCGGGAAGCUUGCAUCACAUUGGGGCAUCUGUCGUCAGUUCUGGGAAACAAGUUUGAUCAUGGAGCUGAAGCCAUUAUGCCAACUAUCUUUAAUUUAAUCCCAAACAGUGCCAAAAUUAUGGCUACUUCUGGUGUUGUAGCUGUCAGGCUAAUCAUUCGGCACACACACAUCCCUCGGCUAAUUCCUGUCAUAACGAGCAACUGUACCUCCAAGUCUGUCGCAGUUAGAAGGCGCUGUUUUGAAUUUUUAGAUUUGCUUUUACAAGAAUGGCAGACACAUUCACUAGAAAGACACAUAUCAGUAUUAGCGGAAACGAUAAAGAAAGGAAUCCACGAUGCCGAUUCUGAAGCAAGAAUAGAAGCCAGAAAAUGCUACUGGGGUUUCCACAGUCACUUCAGCCGAGAAGCAGAGCACUUGUACCACACGCUGGAGUCCUCCUACCAGAAGGCCCUGCAGUCCCACCUGAAGAACUCGGACAGCAUCGUGUCUCUGCCUCAGUCAGACCGAUCCUCAUCCAGCUCUCAGGAGAGUCUCAACCGGCCCCUUUCUGCCAAGAGAAGUCCCACCGGCAGCACCACAUCCAGAGCCUCUACAGUUAGUACCAAAUCUGUGUCAACGACAGGAUCCCUCCAGCGAUCUCGAAGCGAUAUUGACGUGAACGCAGCAGCCAGUGCCAAAUCCAAAGUCUCCUCAUCCUCGGGCUCCACCGCCUUCAGCUCUGCAGCAGCGUUGCCUCCAGGGUCCUAUGCAUCUUUAGAGUCCAGACACGUGAGGGAAGACUUGGAGUACGUAGGCCUGGAUGCAGGUCGGAUCCGUACCAGACGGCAAAGCUCUGGGAGUGCCACCAAUGUCGCCUCCACACCCUCGGACAGUCGGGGCCGCAGUCGCGCCAAAGUGGUUUCACAGUCUCAGCCUGGCAGCCGGUCAAGUUCCCCAGGGAAGCUGUUGGGAAGCGGCUAUGGUGGACUUGCUGGGGGUUCCUCAAGAGGCCCACCUGUAACACUGUCUUCAGAAAAACGAAGCAAGAUCCCCAGGAGUCAGGGAUGUAGCCGAGAAACAAGUCCUAACCGGAUUGGAUUAGAUCGGUUUGGGCUGGGCCAGUCAGGAAGAAUCCCUGGUUCCGUGAAUGCCAUGCGAGUAUUGAGCACCAGCACAGACCUAGAAGCUGCCGUGGCUGAUGCGCUGCUGUUAGGAGACGCCAGGAGCAAGAAGAAGCCUGUGAGGAGGAGGUAUGAGCCCUAUGGAAUGUACUCUGACGAUGACGCCAACAGCGACGCCUCCAGCGUGUGCUCUGAGCGCUCGUACGGCUCCAGGAAUGGUGGCAUUCCUCAUUAUCUGCGGCAGACUGAGGACGUAGCCGAAGUUCUCAACCACUGUGCUAGUUCCAACUGGUCCGAAAGGAAAGAGGGGCUCCUGGGCCUGCAGAACUUACUGAAGAGCCAAAGAACACUGAGUCGAGUAGAAUUGAAGAGAUUGUGUGAGAUUUUCACCUGAAUGUUUGCUGACCCUCACAGCAAGGUUUUCAGUAUGUUUCUGGAGACCCUUGUGGAUUUUAUAAUCAUUCAUAAGGAUGACUUGCAAGACUGGCUUUUCGUCCUUCUCACACAAUUACUGAAGAAAAUGGGAGCAGACUUACUUGGAUCUGUGCAAGCGAAAGUUCAGAAGGCACUGGAUGUCACCAGGGAUUCUUUUCCAUUUGAUCAACAAUUCAACAUUUUAAUGAGAUUUAUUGUGGAUCAGACUCAAACUCCAAACCUCAAGGUCAAAGUCGCAAUCCUGAAAUACAUCGAGUCUCUGGCCAGGCAGAUGGAUCCCACAGAUUUUGUAAACUCCAGCGAAACAAGGCUUGCUGUUUCUAGAAUCAUAACAUGGACUACAGAACCAAAGAGUUCAGACGUGAGAAAGGCAGCACAGAUUGUGCUCAUCUCUCUGUUUGAAUUGAACACUCCUGAAUUUACCAUGUUACUUGGUGCCUUGCCAAAAACAUUCCAGGAUGGUGCCACCAAACUCCUGCAUAACCACCUCAAGAACUCCAGUAACACCGGUGUGGGAUCCCCAAGCAAUACAAUUGGCCGGACGCCUUCCCGACACCCCAGCAGCAGGACCAGCCCCCUGACCUCACCCACCAACUGUUCCCAUGGGGGACUGUCUCCAAGCAUGCUGGACUAUGAUACAGAAAACCUGAACUCUGAAGAAAUCUACAGCUCUUUGCGUGGAGUUACAGAAGCCAUCGAAAAGUUCAGCUUCCGAAGCCAAGAGGACCUAAACGAGCCGAUUAAGCGAGAUGGCAAGAAGGACUGUGAUAUCGUGUCCCGAGAUGGGGGAGCAGCCUCACCUGCCACCGAGGGCCGGGGAGGUGGUGAGAUGGAAGGAGGAAGGAUGGCUUUGGACAACAAGACCUCCCUGCUCAACACGCAGCCUCCACGUGCCUUCCCGGGGCCGCGAGCACGGGAGUAUAACCCAUAUCCCUACUCGGACACCAUCAACACCUACGACAAGACAGCGCUGAAGGAGGCGGUGUUUGAUGACGACAUGGAGCAGCUCCGAGACGUGCCCAUUGACCACUCGGACCUGGUGGCUGACUUGCUGAAAGAGCUAUCCAACCACAACGAGCGUGUGGAGGAGCGGAAGGGUGCGCUGCUGGAGUUGCUCAAGAUCACCAGGGAGGACAGCCUGGGCGUGUGGGAGGAGCACUUCAAGACCAUCCUGCUGCUGCUGCUGGAAACUCUAGGGGACAAGGACCAUUCCAUUCGAGCUCUGGCACUGAGAGUUUUACGGGAGAUUCUGAGAAACCAACCAGCAAGAUUCAAAAACUACGCAGAACUGACGAUCAUGAAGACCCUGGAAGCCCACAAAGACUCCCACAAAGAGGUGGUGAGGGCUGCCGAGGAGGCUGCAUCCACACUAGCCAGCUCCAUUCACCCCGAGCAGUGCAUCAAAGUUCUGUGCCCAAUCAUCCAGACGGCCGACUACCCCAUCAACCUGGCUGCCAUCAAGAUGCAGACAAAAGUGGUGGAGAGGAUCACCAAGGAGUCCUUGUUGCAGCUCCUUGUCGACAUCAUCCCAGGCCUGCUGCAGGGUUACGACAACACUGAGAGCAGUGUACGGAAGGCCAGCGUGUUUUGCUUAGUGGCAAUCUAUUCCGUAAUCGGAGAAGAUCUGAAACCUCACCUUGCACAGCUCACAGGGAGCAAGAUGAAGCUACUCAACCUUUAUAUCAAGAGGGCCCAGACCACCAACAGCAACAGCAGCUCCUCCUCCGAUGUGUCCACACACAGCUAGUGGCUGUGCCGGUCUGUGCAGACCCACAUGGUGGCGCCUCUGAGAAGCCAUCAGCCGUCUAGUCCUUCAGGGGCCGCACAUAAUUUAUUACAAUCAGUAUUUUGGUCCCUUCCAGCUUUUGUGUAGAUUUCGCUGGUAUUGAAUGUAACGGGAGCGAGGCCUGUUAUGCAAUCUCCCUAGAAACAAAAGGACUGAGAACAGAGCCACACUCACACGUGUCUUGCACCGCCUGCUGACAUCACCAAACCAUGGAGGGCACAGUUCUUAGAACCCAGAGCUCUCCAGCCCGUGCUUGGAACACAGUAGAGUAUUUUUUCAUCCCACACAGACCUGGGGUGGUUUGGGGUGUUGCUGUGUUCUUUAUGCCUAUGUUCCUAGAGCGUGGUCAGAUGGGACCAGACCCCCCACCUGUGGUCCACCUGACCCUGAGAGAGGCUGGGUGUGUCUUUAGGUUUUAUCUUAAGAGAACUUGUCAGAGUGGGACUGCAGUCUGGGCACAGAAAGAACAACAGCCUGGAGCUGGCCUCAUGACAAACAAGUCUGCCUUUGGGGACAGAAUCAGUAAUGCCACCAAAAUUUUCAUGGUUGCAUUAAAUAAAAGGUGACUGUAGAAUGUCAAGAUUGGAAACAGGCUUCCAUCGUGAUUCCUGCCCAGGGAAUCACUGGCCUAACCUCUUGAAGGUCUUUUGACCCAGCAACUAAUGUAGAGUCUGGCUAAAUAUAUUUUGAUUAAAAUCCUUAAGCCAAAUGACAAUUCUUAAUGCAAUCAUGCAAACUUUUUUAGGCUGGCCUUGGACUUGGUAUCCUCCUGCCUUUAGCCUCCCAAAUAUUGGGUUUAUAGACAUGGGCUAGCAAAAGAUUCUUUGGGGGUGUUAAUUCUAGCAGAGCGUGCACCCCUCCAGUGCAGAGCCCACUUCAGCUACCAGAGAUGAAAGGAGAGGUUGGGCACUUGAGUUCUCAGCCCUGAUUCCAGCCCUGCUCUCUGACCCGCCAAAUGACUUGGUUGGCCAUGGUGGUGCACACCUUUAAUCCCAGCACUUGGAAGGCAGAGGCAGGUGGAUUUCUGUGAGUUCUAGUCCAGCCUGGUCUAGAAUCAGUUCCAGGACAGCUGGGGCUGUAUAGACUCUGUCUCAAGAAACAAUCAAAAAGAGGUAGGGAGGUUGAGAAAGACCUAUGCUGUAUUUAGAAAUACACUGAAAAUGAAGGCCGUGUGUGUGUGUGUGUGUGUGUGUGUGUGUGUGUGUGUGUGUGGAGUGGCUCACACAUGUAACUGCCCCCACUGCUGCUGUCCGGAGAACUCAGGGGUGCAUUUUAAGGAUUUACUAUUAUUGACUGGUCUGAAAUCAAAAUAUAGCAAGACCAGACCUUCGUUUUAGUUAAAAACAAACAACAACAACAAAAAAUCCUGUCUGUUAAGAGUUUAUUAAUGAAAUUCCUUCUCACCCUCCACCAGGGUCCCUGUGUUGUAGCCACUGCCUUGUAGAAUUGUGCAUCUCGGCCUGGUUACUUAGGAGUUGUCUUAUGUCUGAUGCAGUUAGAAGGGCCCUUCUCUGGAGGUCUCUGCCCCACAGAUGGUCUCCAUGUCCCCACCGUAACUGGACAGUUCCAGAAUAUUGCCUGAUUUCCUCAUGGCACUUGCGAAGGGCUAGCCUCGAAUGUCACGUGCCCUCUUCCCCCUGAGUAGAAAGAAUGCAGUCAUUUCACAGGUCUCUUGGGCUCCAUCUGAAGACUGCUGCCCGCAAUGCUGAGGAGACUCGCAUGCCACCACCACCUCACGGAGGGCGACAGCGCCGCUCUGGAACCCUGACAGCUACUGCUGCCUUGCCUUGCCUCCACCUCCCCAAAGGACUCUGCUGGAAGCACCUAGUCCCUGAAGGACUCUUGACGACUCCCAGAACUGUGUUUGCCUCCCCAUCUAUCUUGACUAUCCAGGGCCUUGAAACCCCCUACCCUGUAUCCAGGGGGACUGCUCAUCUGACUUCCUGCUUCCUGGCAAGCUGCCCCUCCCUUACUGGACAGGCACUCUCCAGGUGCACUCGUGUGCUGUGCGGCCCUGGUGCCCACAGAUGGCCUGGGCCCGCCCGCCGUAUCUAUGGCUCACAAUAGCUUUUCACCACCUGUACAGCUCACGCAGCAGGUUUGUCUCAGACGUCUUCUGUUUCUUUCUCUGCCACCCUUACGGAAACUCACACUUUAAAAGACAGAUUAGAACUUCGUAGACCCCCAACCAGGACUCUGCUAACAAUGUUUGGAAGAAAUAAAUGCUCUGAAAACAAUCAGCCACCAAAAUAGCUCACACGCAUGGUCCCUGCGCCCCCAGAAUGGGUGUUGUUUGUUUUGGGUUUUUGGGGGGCUUUUUCAUGUUACAUCCAUAAUCUGUAUUUAUAUCUUAUUGUUUCACCUUCCAAGUGUAUCAUGGCAAAUGUACAGAUUUUUUUUGUUGUUGUUAAUAAUGUGCUAGGAUUUGCUAAAAAAGAAAAUUAAAAAAAAAAAAAAGACGUCGA